AUGGGGUCAAGCGGUUCGACUCUCUUGCCGGCACCAGACGACCGAUUACUAAAAAGUAUCAAAAUCUUAGAUCUGAGCAACACCGAUCUGGCGAAGGUGUUCCGGUUGUUCUGCAAGUAUGACACCGCACAGCGAGGAUGCCUCAGCCUCGCAAACGUGUACAAGAUGCUCGGGGAAAAAAAAUCCAUCUUCGGAGAUAGUUUAUUUGAACUCAUCGGUAUCCGGGACUUCCAGGAGCUGACGUUUUCGGAGUGGCUGGAUGCAAUCACGACAUUUUGUCUCUUCGAGGAGGAAGAAAUCCUGCGGUUUUGCUUCUUCAUCCUAGACCGAGAGAAGAACGGCUACAUUGAAAAAGACGAGAUGCGAAUGCUAGUAAACAUGCUCUACAACAUUGACCCCGUGAAGGGGCCCACCGGAAACACGAAGGUGGCCUUCGACAAGCUCUCCGUGCAGCAAGAUGGGAAGAUCGAGUUCUGGGAGUUUGAGCUGUUCAACAAGGCGUUUCCUUCGCUAUUUUUCCCGGCUUUCCGGCUCCAGGUAAAGAUGAUGCAAGCAGUGUGGGGCGAAGCUUGGUGGGGCCGAAAAAAAAGAAAUUUCCAAGACAGGCUCGAGCUAAGGCGGAAGCACGAGGAGGAGGACCGGCUGGCCGAUGCCAACCGGCUAGAGGCCAUGCGGCAACGGCGUAUCAAGCGCAAGAUGGGCGCCUGCAAGUACUUCUGCUGGCCGUGCGGGCGGGCCGAGUACGACAAAAUGUUUCCCAGGGCCAACGUUGUCGUAGCCGACCCCGCGGCGGACGAAGCCGAGCGCUUGCGAAAGGUGCUUCGUAUGAUUCCGCCAAAAGACGUUAACAUGCGUGAGGAGAGAAACUGUGGGGGGGCCUGCCCGUAUAACGCCAGCAGCAGGGUCGGCAUACUGUUGACGUUGUUGCUCCCGCCCUUGUUUCUAAGUCGGCACCUGCGUGUGGAUUGUGUGUCCUGGGGAGGUGAUGGUCCCAGAAGACAAAACCAUCAUGAGAACACAACGCGCACGCCUCGCUGA